AUGCUAACCCUUCGAUUGAGGCCGAAGCUGAAAGUGGCUUCCGACUCGGGUGCAUUUUUGCCUGAACCAGCCACUUUCAAAGGUAUGAGGCCCAGGUCAAACAAAAUUGUCCUUUUGCUAAUCGUUUUCACGCUCCUCUGGUUCUUUAACCCACUUCGGUGGAUGGCCGUUCCCUGGACAAGAAACGGGACCACGUACACUGCACCAAAACCAUACAUGUCUGAGUUUACAAUUGAAACGCCGUCGAAAUACAUUUUUCCACCAGUGGAUCACGUUCCUCAACUCAAGGAGCUAGGUGCUGCAGGGUUGGUGAGACAAGUCCGAAUCAAGGAUCCAGAUAUGCCCGAGGUGGAGAAAACGUUGUUUCAGUCCCUAAAUGUGUAUGAUGAUAAGGACCCCGUGACUCUGAAACAGAGGGAUGAGGCAGAGGCUGCGUUGUCGGGAGAGGCUGCGGUGAAGGUAGCAUUCAAGAACCAAGACAAGAUGGUGUAUAAACCCAAGACGAUGAAAAAUUAUCCAAAGGUGGUCAUUGUCACUGCAGUUGAUUUUGAUCAAUAUUCGAUUGAGGCCAUUACGAAAAUCGUGCAAAACAGAGUCGACUAUGGUCACAAGCAGAAUUACGGAGUCUAUGUAAGGUGGUAUCAAGAGUUCGUGCCACUAAUGAACAGUUUGGCUUUCUUGACCGACAAAGAGCGCUCCAAGUGGGUUCGUCUCUACUGCCUACGAGCUGCUAUGUUUGCUUUUCCUCAUGCUGAGUGGUUCUGGUACUUCGAUCAGCACGGCUUUGUCAUGAACCAGAAUGUCGACCUCAUAAAUUACCUUCUCGACACCGAUGCCUUGAAGAAGAGCAUGUUGAUCGAGCAACCAGUCAUCCCUCCUGACGGUCUCAUAAGGACUUACAAAAACAUCCUGCCGUCAAGAGUGAGACUAAUCUUCACCCAGUCAGAUCAAAAAAUCGAAUCCAACUCUUUCAUUGUCAAGAACGACUUCUUGGGCCGCGGCCUACUAGACACUUGGGGCGAUCGAUUAUUUGUGAAGUAUAACAAUUUUCCCUACGGUCCUGAGUCUGCCAUCACCCAUAUCCUUCAGUGGCAUCCUUUUGCGCUCAGCAGAUCUGCAAUCGUGCCUGCUCGGACGAUAAACUCUUUGCAUAGUGAGGUCACGCCGAAAGAAGAGUCGAAAGACCAGCUCCAUUACCAUAAGGGAGAUUUGGUUGUUCAGUGGUCUUCUUGUGAAACACCGCUCAAGUGCGAAGAAAUCCUCAACGGCUACCAUACAAUCAUGAAACUGGAGAACUAG